GUCGCGCGGAAGUUUGAUUUGAAACAGCGAGGAGAGGGGCCGGAGUCGAAUAUGUUUUCAUUUUAGCAAUGUGACAAUGGCAGCAACACUUAUACCACCGGAUUUAAAUUCGUCGUCCUCAACAGAUUCGUCGUCGACCUCCAAUCGAAGCAUUAGUAGAAGUUUGCGGGUCGCAGAGAAAGCAAAAAAAGGGAUCAAGGCGGAGGACCCGAUUGUUGCGGCACUAAAGUACUUCUCAAAGGUUCAAAAAGGAACCCCGUGCAGAGGAAAUGAUGAGUUUGAGAACAACCUUGUUACGGUGGAGAGGGUGGCAUACAGUAAAGGGCUUUCGCCAGAAGCCAUCUCUGUUAUGCUAGAGUUUGCCAUGAGCCUCCGGAUGGGAACGGUUCCAUGUGUACGGGUACUUAAGUGCCUCCUUCCUUCCACUGUGGUUCCACAUCAAGCUGUUGUGCGUGCGGUGGUGUGGCUGUGUGUUGGAAAAUUAUCGAUCGCCACACAGGUUCUUUUCAUCAAAUGGGUGCUGACUGUCUUUGACAUGAUUGAUGCCAAAGACAAUCUUCGUGCCAUCUAUGGCUUCCUCUUCAGCUUUGUAACUGAAGAAAAUCUGUGUCCCUAUGUAUGCCACCUGCUUUAUCUGCUGACCAGAAAAGAAUGUGUGCGUCUUUUCCGAGUCCGAAAGUUACUGGAGCUGCAUUCUAAACUGGGCAAGCAACCAUAUCUUCUGCAUCUGUUGUCGCUCUACAAAGUGUUUUGCCCAGAGUUGGUCACGCUCUCAUUCAAUUCACGAAUAAGGGCCGGUUUCGGAAACCACAACGGCCCUUGGAAGUUGGCGUUGAAUGCCAUCCAGAAGAGAACCGCUGUCCUGGUCCCCUCCGACCUCCCUCUAGCCCUGCAGACCCAGGAGAAGGCCGGCUCGAGGAAAAGGAAACUGGGGCACUUGGACCUGCCAGUGCUCACUGCUGUUGUCCAGAGCCAGAAGCAGACCAGCCUCAGCCAAAUGGUUGUUCCUCUGGCCCAAAUCCAGUCCUUUGUUCAGCUCUUGGAGAACCUGCAUCUUAUAGAGCUACCGGCUCAGAUGGGCUCUCUGCUGGGCUCCAGUCUUGCCCUUCACUACCUCGACUGCGUUCAGGACGAGUCGGCCUUUCUACGCAUCAACUUCUGGCUCGGCCACUCCCUACAUGAAGAGUUUCUGUUCUGUGGCCACGGCGGAGCAUCUCAAGGUUCAGACGAGGCGGUCCAGUUUCUGGAGCGGUUGAUGUCGACGCAGGACUUUCUCCAGGAGGGGUUCUCCAGCGUGGAAGCCUUCCUCUACAAGUUCCUCAACGUCUGGGACGGCUCCCUCCUCCGCCCACAGAUCUUGGCCCUCCUGAGCAACGUUCCUGUGGUGCCCAGCACCUGUAUCAGCAGGCUUCUGUCGGAGCCACUGGAGCAACUGUUCUUUACAUCCAAGGUGUUCUUCAAGUGUGGCCUGAUAGAGUCUCUGAACGGCAUGCUGGUGAAAUGGCUGACCUGGCACUCGGUGUACGCUCUGGAGGACGGCCGUAACGUUGACCUCGACACGUCCAUGAACGUGAGUCGGUCCGGGUUCAUGCUCUCUGUGGGGGAGCUCGUGCGUUUCGUGGGGCGGCUGGCCACCUUGGGGCUUCAGCUGGAAGGCUGUCACUCCCUGCUGCUCAGCUUCAUCCUGGACUUCUACGACACGGUGUGUGACAUAUUCCAGAAGUAUGGGCUCCCCCUAGUGGUCAUGAUCCCGCGCAGCGUCUUUUACCCGGCCCUGUUCGCCUUCGACCCCAUCAGCGUGGACCGACUGGCCAAGAUCAUGAACAGGUACAAGAUUAAUUUGACCGCCGCCAAGAAGCAAGAAAAAAUUACUGGGAAGGCAUUUCACAUCAGCCUCAAGACUUACCAGGAGUUCAACCACUACCUCGCCUUCAUGGUCAACUGCCUGUGGAACUCCAGGAUCUUCCAGCCGGGAGACGACAUUGAGCUGAGCGAGGAGCUGCUGCACGAGAGUGGAGUCCCGCAGUACUGGGCCAGCUUCAGCCUCACCAACCACCCGGCCUUCCACUGCUACGCUAUCGACUUCCACCACAAGUGUUGGCCGGAGAGGCGGGACGUGGACCUGAAAUCCAUUCAGCAUUUGCAGCAGUGGGGCUGGUAUCUGGAGUAUCUGUUCACGCAGGGCUUUGACGGCCUCCGACAGUUCAUUCAGAGCAACAUCAAAACCAGCAGCCGAGGACCGUAGGACGUGAACCAGCACUGUGGGACAAAAAAAAAGACUUGUACAUAAUAUCUCACUUGUGACGAUUCAUUGUUGUUGUUUUUAUUUUUAUGUACAGAGACGUGUUUGUUUAUCGUGUAUGUUUUUUGUAGAUAAUUUUAUGGAUUUUAGCUGCCCUUUUUUAGUCACUCUUAAUUCGUGGUUCAAAAUAAACCAGCUUACCACUUUUACUGAUUUACUAAUGGACGUAAACACACACAAGAAAACAUAUGAGUUGGGUCACAUUUGUGACAUUGUGAAUAGGCCUAUCAUUCCUGUUUAGCACUCAGUUUCACUUAGGAAUCCAUUAUAGGGCAAAUCAUCACUAUCCAGCACAGUCAGUUGUUCUACCAUCUGGAACAUGACAUUUUCCCUAUCAAUUGAGGGACCCAUCUGGAUACAGAGUAGCCCCCUGGCACAGCUACCUGGUCACAUGUAGCAUGCAAGGAAAUCCAUGGUAUGGGAGUUGUAUACAUCAUAUUUUCUCCAGCAUGUUUUUAAAUAUCGUGACUGAAAGGAGAGGCCAUGAAAAACUUGCACAAAAUGUUAAUUUUGUAUGGUUUCAAGUUUUCUUUUUAAUUUGCCAGAAUAUCUACAUAAUGGUUGUGUCAUGCAAUUUUGUGUUAUUAUGUAAAAUUAUAAAAUUAUCUAUCCUUGCAUCAUAUUUCAGUACCUUUAACCAAGGAGGUGUUAAUGAUAAAUGACAUAUGUAAUGAUGGGCAUAACUGAAGCUAAACUGCUCUGUGCUCAUUUAAAUGGGGCCACCUUAAGCCUUCUACUGAUGUCAACGUCAGCGAGAGAGCGAUCUGCUGCUCCGCUCCGUGCUUCAGUUUGCUUCCCCGGCCGGUCUGCUCACUUUGUUUCCGUCGCCUUACUUGCAAGUAGCUCUUUAUUGGACUCUGGAAGAUAUACGUUUACUGGAACUGUCUGAGGCGAACACUAGAAAUCUACUAGCCUAGCCAGUAAGACAAGGUAAGAAAACCCAGCAAGUGGUGUAGUCCUAUUUUUUUUGUGAAGUCCAGAACAAAUCUUGUUGCAGUCGAAUCGAAUAAAAAAAACCGCUACGUA